UCUGAUAUUAGGUGUGACCGUUUGAGAAGAGCAUUUGGAAAGUAGCAUAAAAUCAAUAUGCUCUCACUUAAAACACUUAAAACAUAUCGGGUCAGAUAUGCUGAAUUGUUCAUAUAUGUUGGCACAAAUUGAAGAGUAACCUUAUGAUACUUUAAAAUCAUCUAUAGUUAGAAGUUACUUUGAUGCCAGACCUGCAAUAACAAUGAGGUUGUGGAUCAGCUCAAUUUGGUUUGGGUUGUCAAUCUCUUAAUCUUUUGUUUCUGGUCGACCAAUAGGUUCUUUCACUAUUAAUUUUUUCUGGCAAGUAUCAUAAGGCAUAUAUGGUAUUGAUAGCUAAGACAUUUUUUUAUAUAAUGAUGAUGGAUCAUGAAUACUAACAUACUCUAAUUACGACACGAGUUAUAUUGUCAAGCUUAAAACUAACACAAUAGUUAAUUUUAACUUGUUUAAUAUAGAGGCACAAAAGUGAACUUGCCUAGCUAUAAUCGGAAAACCAAAAUGCUUCAAGGUUCAAACACAAUACAUAACAAAAGAUCAUGUAUGACUUUUGUUCAAAUAUAUUUUCGGCAUUUCAGAAUGUAUAUGAGUUAACAAUAAGAAGUGACGGACCGAAAGUAGCGAAAAUAUUGCCUUCAAAGAUUUAAAUAAGCUCACUUGGCCAAAAAAACCUUGGCUAAUUAGCGCUUUAUUUCUUUUCCUCUAUUUCCUAUCUUUAGAUACUAACAAAAGAAUAUAAAUUACAAAAAUCCUCCCUAUUGGUCCUUAAUCAAUAGCUACUAAUCGCUCUGAAUAAGCUACAUUUCAUGGGGUGUUUUUCUUUCAUGCAUCCCUAACAUCAAUCAGCAAAUUUCUUUUUGGCAAGUUAGAAUGGCUGAAAAUCGAUUAAAGAUGCUAAUCUGUCUGCUAAUGCAACAUCUACUCUUACUAGACAAAAGAAAAUCUGCAAUAGAUGAUUUAAAAGUUGAUUAUGUAAUAGAUGUCUUUAUUAGUAUUCUUGCAUAUCCACAUUUUACCAAAUUAAGUAUUAAAAGGUAUUUUUAGGACAAAAGAUGUGUUGAUUAGUUUCCCCCAAGUUGGUAAAGAUCAUCCCUAGUGGUGUAAUUGCUGUAGUGAUUAUGAACUCCACUGAUCAUUGUGGUUUAUAAUUUUAUAUGAAUGCUUAUAAUGAUACUUGAUUAUGCUUGUAUUAUACAGCUGGUCUUACGACGACAAAAACUUAGCAUUAUAGUGAUCAAGUAUGGGAGUGCAAAAUUCUGUAAUAUAUGUAGCAAUGAUUAUGGUUCAAUUUGCUUAUGCAGCAGCUAACGUCUUAACCAAAAUUGCUCUCGUAAAAGGACUCGAUCAACUCGUGUUUGUGGUGUACCGGCAUAUCAUUGCGCUGCUCGUGCUGGCCCCUUUCGCCUACAUCCUAGAAAGGGAUCAAAGACCUCCAUAUUCAUUUUUGGUGAUGCUGAAGAUUUUUGGUCUAGCUUCUCUUGGCACUACUAUACAUAUGAAUGUGUAUUAUGCUGGUUUAGCAUGCACAUCUCCAACAGUUGCCAGUGCUCUUAGUAAUGUCAUUCCUACCUUCACAUUUCUCAUGGCUCUUCUCUUCGGGAUCGAGAAAGUUACAUUGAGAAGUAGAAUAAGUCAAGCCAAAGUGAUAGGAACACUCUCUAGCAUUGGGGGAUCACUCAUUUUUACACUAUGGAAGGGUAAGUAUCUUUUCAAAGGCUUCAAAACUCCACUUCUAAGUAUUCUUGGUUAUAAUGAAUUGUUCAGACAUGGCAAAGAAAAUUGGAUCAAAGGUUCUUGUCUUAUUUUGGUAAGCAACAUUGCUUGGAGCGCAUGGCUUAUCUUCCAGGUUCACGUGCAUACAGUAUAUCCAGCUAUUUUAUCGCUCAAUGCAUGGAUUUGCUUUUUCGCAGCCCUUCAGUCUUCCCUAAUUGCCCUGUUCUUAAGCAACAACAUUAAUGUCUGGAGACUGGAGUGGAAUGUUCAGCUUCUAAACAUCAUCUAUUGUGGAGUUGUAAUUUCAGCAGUUGUGAAUUUCCUGCAGCUGUGGUGCAUCAACAAAAGGGGUCCAGUUUUUGCCGCAAUGUUUAACCCACUCCAACUCGUUAUAGUUGGAUUUUUCUCCGCCAUUGCUUUUGCAGAAAGACUUCAUCUAGGAAGUUUGGUAGGGGCAUUUCUUAUUGUUAUAGGGCUUUGUUCUUUCUUAUGGGGCAAAAACACAGAGGCUAAAGCACAGCACCGGAAAAGCAUGGCUGAAAUGUGCAGGAACCCUAAGUUCGAAAAUGGCGAGGAACAGCAGACAAAAGAGAAAGAAAUAAUAGAAGCUGCUUCAAAAGAUUCAAUAAGCAGAAUUGAUGCAGUAAGUGAGAGCUAGCAAAUUUACCAUCCUUGAAGCCUAUAUAACGAGUUGGAAAUAAGUUAAUGGCGCCUCCUUAAGUUAAUAGGGUUCAGAUAAUAAGCAUAUAUAUGUACAACUAGUAGAAUCAAGUUUACAUCAUUGUAUAUUCAAAAUUUACAGUUCUGCACACAGGUCACAAGUGUUGUUUCCAUAAUUCUUACUGAGUUUGAAG